AUUGGGAAAAUGAAGAGAGCAAUUCAUCAGUUUAUAGCAGUAGGCGACGGAAUGAGAUUUCGCGGAACAUUGUUACUCGGACUAGACUUUUUACAUAGAUUCGAGGUUUUCAUUUGUUGGUCUGAAAAGACAGUGAAGUUACUGAAUCAGGAAAUCCAAUUGGAGACGGAAGAAGAUGAAAUAAGAUUAAUCGAAAAGGAAGAUGCAUCAAAGAAAAUUGAGGCGUCACACCUGCAGGUAGUUCAAAUAGAAGAGAAAGAAAAAAGCCUGAUCACUAAUGAGAGUGAAGGACAAGGAGACUUCCCAGGGGAAGUGAAACAACCAGAUGAAGGAAAGCAUCCUCAGAGUCAUACGGGCCCUAAGGCAGGGAGAAUUGACCCGAAGGAGACCUUCAUGGAAGGAAGUUGUAAUAGUGAUGACGGAGAGCAUUCUCAGAGUCAUACGGACCCUACGGCAGGGGGAAUUGGCCCGCAGAAUACCGUCAUCAGCUCGCAGGAGAUGAAUAAAAACAGAAAAGAGGAAAAACAAUGCGUAUACGUAGAAGAUGGGAGAAAAAAAGAAAUGAGAAAAGAAACGGAAGGAGGUGGUACCACCAAAGCGGAUAACGAGGUUAUCGAGGGAACAGAGGUGUGGAACGCGAAAUACGUAACCGACCCAAAAUGUGAAUCUUUUACCAAUAAGGGCCCAAAAUUGGAAAAGGAUGAACAGGGUCUAACAGAUCGAAAGAUCUUUUGUCAAGAUAAUAAGGACAACGCGAUAGAAGACCAACAAAAUAGGAGAGAAGAUAGCACAACAAAAGUAAAACUGAACGAAGAAUUGCAGAUCCCGGCAAGAUGUAGAGCAAUUUGUGCUGGAAAAAUAGAAAAACAGGUUCAAGGAGAUAUCAUUCUUAUUGAGACAUACCAGCAUCAACAUCAAGGAUUAUUAACAGCAAGAACAAUUAGUUACAAUCAAGAAACAAUUUUCGCACAAAUUAUGAAUGUGUCCAAUCAACCUAUUAAACUGCAAAAAGGGGAGGUAAUAGGAAUAGCUCAAGUGAUAGAAACAACAGUAAAGGAAAUCGAACAAGACCACCAAGUACGAAGCGUUCAAGCGGAGCCUGCAGAAUUAGAGAAACUAUUAACAAUUAUUAAUUAUCCCAAGCAAGACCCAAACAUGUGCAAGGAAUUUGAAAAAUUAAUCAAGGAAUAUUAUGAUAUAUUUCGAGCACCAGAUCAAAGAUUAACGUGCACAACGGAAGUGAAUCAUCGGAUAAUUACCGAAAAUGUACCACCUAUAUCAAAACGACCGUAUCGUGUUCCAUUUCAUCGAAAGGAAAUCUUGGAUAAGGAAAUUCAAACGUUACUAGACAAUGACAUCAUACAAGAAAGUUCAUCACCUUGGUCAGCGCCAGUAAUCUUAUUAGAAAAGAAAAGGCAUCCCGGAGAAGAUCCAGAGUUUCGACUCUGCAUAGAUUAUCGUGAAUUAAACAAAAUUACCAAACCGGACUUCUUCCCGUUACCAAUACUUCAAGAAACAAUUGAUCAAUUAUCAGGAGCGUCGUUAUUUUCAAUCAUGGACAUGGUCAGUGGAUAUUUUCAAGUGGAAUUACACCCGGAUUAUAGAGAAAUAAGUGCCUUUAGUACACCAACAGGACACUACGAAUUUAAAAAGGAUGGCCAUGGGUCUUAGAAACGCACCAAGCACGUGGCAACGACUCAUGUAUUCAGUUUUCUCUGGACUCUUCAUCAGACUACAAAGAACAUCUGGAAAGACUGAAAAGUGUUUUUGAUAGAUUGAGGCAAGUGAAUCUCAAGCUAAA